CGUUUCUGCUUCUCUGUUAUGAUCUUCAUGUGAUCGAAAUAGGAAGUGAACGCAGUCGGGCACUCUGGCUAUAUGCUCCAAGGAUUUUGACAUUAAAAACGGCCCAUACAUGAAAAGGAAGGGUAAUUCGUGUCUGAUAGCAGUAGCGAUGGGUGUAGUCUUUCUGGUAAUGGUGGUGUUUUACGGGACCAUCAGUCCUCAGCCCAGCGCCGCCGCCCCCAACACAGACUACCGGCUGCUGGGGAAGCCGCUGUACAAGCUGGAUAUCUCCUGGCCCAAAUACACAGAACAUUUCACCGGAGAGGUGUUCGGGGUGGCCGUGAACCAGGUGGCCGGCCUGGUGUACGUCGCACAAAGGGGCGAGAAUGUGCCCAAAGUGCUGGUGUUCUCCACGGAUGGAGACUUCCUGCAGGCUUGGAACACCAGCACGCUGGAGAUGCCUCAUGGGAUCUUCUUGAGCAAUGCGUCCAGUAAUCCCACUGUGUGGAUCACGGACGUGGGGAAUGGCCCCUUCGGACAUACCAUCAAGCAAUAUUCGCCCUCGGGGAAGCUGCUGCAGGUGCUGGGCACAGCGGGGGAGGCGGGGUCCGCUGUGUCCCCACUGCAGUUUGACCAGCCGGCUGAGAUCUUUGUCCAUAGCUCGGGGGACAUCUACAUCGUGGACGGGGAUGGGGGCCUGAACAACAGGCUAAUAAAGCUGUCCAAGGACCUGCAGGUUCAGUGGAUGCACGGCGAGAAGGGGGCCGGUCUCGGUCAGUUCUACAUCCCCCACAGUGUCACCGUCGACUCCUACCAGAGGGUGUGGGUGGCCGACCGUGGGAACAAGCGCAUCCAGGUGUUCAACUCGCUGACAGGUGAUUGGCUGGGCUCGUGGGGAAGCUGCUUCUUGGAGGAUGCCCCCUACUCCGUCCGGCUCACGCCAGAUCAGAAGUACUUUGUGGUCGUGCAGCUGAACACCAAUCAGAUUUCGCUCCUGGAGGCACCGCCGGUGGGCGUGAUUGGUCAGUGCCGGGUGGCCAGCGUCAUCCAGCUGGCAGAGGACAUCAAACCGCACCUGGUGGACCUGGAUCUGAAGACGGGGGCCCUGUACGUGGCCGAGAUCGGGGCCCAGCAGGCACAGAAGUUCACCCCCUUCACCUUGGGGGGUGGCUUCCUGUAAAUGGACAGGGUUUGGGGGGGGGGGGGCUGCCACGCUCCGCUAUUGGAGGAGAAGAAACAAUUCAUGUGACUUUUCAGAGGAGAUCACAGUCUGUGGGAUCUUUAAUCUGCAAAAAUAAGGAAACGACGCCUUAUUACCCACAUCGUUUACAUGAAGGAUAGGUCAAAAAAGGAAAUUGGGGGGCGGGCUCUGUGGGCCUGCCACAAUCUGUAAUUCGUCGGACUCGCCGUCAUUCAAACUGGCUGCCAUUAUUUGCCCAGUUCCAUGGCUUGCUUGGAAAUGAACCUCCAUAACAGUAAAAGCAUGGAUAAUCUCUAACACGAAACCCCAGUGUCAGUGUUUUGGGCCCCGAAACGGAAAAGAAGAUGAAAAUACUGUGCGUUUGUCUUGAAAUGGGAAUGAUAUGGAUUUUUGUGAAGAAUCUAAUUGCGCUACUUGAAGAUAAGAGUUCAGAGUAUGAAUUGUAAAUCCUUAAUAUAUCUUGCCAUCUGUCUGAACAAAUGAAUGAUCUCUGAUUGUGUCAGGGGCUUCUGUCGUAGAUGUAUGGGUUCUCAUGCAUCUGCUGGGGUACAACUUGCUGUUUCAAUACUCAAUUGUCUUUACUGAUAUCCAAGUCAACCUGCAGGUUCCCAUUAUGCAUAAAUCCUCGACUGUAAUGCGACUGCUCCACAUCGCUAAAUAAAAGAACUCUGUAAAAGAAAAAAAAAAAA